AUGCCUCGCGGAAAGAAUUAUGUCAACAACAAUCGAGGUGUCUUUUUGCAAGCCAGCAAGAAGAACAAGCAAAUCAUGAGACAAUGUGAGUACGGCUCGGCUUGCAACCGUCCGGAUUGCAUUUACCAACACGACAAUGUGGGAACAAAGACGGAUGAAGUAUGUCUUCAAUUUCUAGCAGGGACCUGUGCCUUUGCUACUGGUGGUUGUCGGAAGCGUCAUCCUAACAAGGACGAAAAGGACCGCUUGCUACGAAAGUAUAAGCGAGUUCGGUGUCAUUUUGGAGACGACUGCCAUACCGAAGGCUGCCUUUACCUGCAUCCCAAAGAAAUGAAGCCAAUCGAACCGGCAUAUAUUGAACCAAUGAAUAUGGAUGCAGCCUUUCCUGCACUGGGAAGUGCUCAAUCCAAGAGUACGACGACGACGAUGAACACUCCCAAAACGGAACCACUUCCGCCUUCCCCAUGGAACAAUACUGCGCCACAACAACAGCCCAUGAUGCAACAAAACAUGCUGCCAAUGAAUCAACCGAACAUGUCCAACAUACCGAUGGCACCAGCAUGGUUUCCACAGGACCCAUCAUUUGCUCCGUUUUCUGCUCCUCCUCCUACCGGCAUGCAAAAUCAGCAGCAGCAACAGGAGUACUAUGAAUACGGUGAUGGCGGUACUGGCUAUGAUUAUGGUGGAGCAGGUUAUGGAUAUUGUGGUGGCAGUGAGUACGAUCAUGGGGGAUAUAACAACAAUGAUAUUAAUGGCUACGACAUGGGAGCGCCGGGAGAGGAAAUGCCAGCGCCUCAAAUGGCUCCCCCAUCGUUCAAUGCCGGAGCUAAGGAAUUCGUUCCUGGGGGAUUUUCAUCAUAG